GCAGCGGACGCUGCCGGCCUAGCACUCCUACGGAGUUUCCAUGGAGACCGAGGCUGGGCCCGGGCGGCCUCGCGGCGUUGCCAUGGAGACAAGUCCCGGGCUGGGGCUCCGAAGCCCCGGCUCACCGCUAGCUCAGAACCCUGCGGAGCCGCUGUGUGAGGCCGGAGCUCCGGUGGCGGCGGCACGCUGGGACCUGCGGAAACACUCUUUGCUCAUCGUGAUCGGCGAUAUCGGUACAGAGAGUCAGCUGAGGGCCGUGAGGGCCCACCUUGAACAAGGGAUUCUCUCCUGGAACAUUGACUUAUCAUCCUUUGACUUGAACCAACAAUUGAGACUCUUCAUUACCCGGCACCUAGCUCACUUCUCCUCAGAGGUCAAAGGCCAGAGGACCCUCUGCCACCAGAGUGAGAUCCUAGAGACCAUCAUCCUGGUAAACCCCAGUGCCAACAGCAUCAGCUCUGAGGUUCACCGUCUCCUUAGCAGCCCAUCAGCUCACAAACUACUGAUCUUGAGUGGGCAAAGUUUAGAGCCUGGGGGAGAUCUCAUCCUACAGAGUGGCACCUACUCCUAUCAAAACUUUGCCCAGGUCCUUCACAAUCCAGAGAUUGCCCAAUUGCUCAGCAAUAGAGACCCUGGAAUCCAGGCCUUCCUCACUGUGUCCUGUUUAGGGGAGGGUGAUUGGAGCCACCUGGGACUAUCCAGUUCCCAAGAGACCCUACACCUCCGGCUAAACCCUGAGCCCACACUGCCCACCAUGGAUGGCGUGGCUGAGUUCUCCGAGUACGUCUCUGAGACCGUGGAUGUGCCGUCCCCCUUUGACCUGCUAGAGCCCCCCACCUCAGGGGGCUUCCUCAAGCUCUCUAAGCCUUGCUGCUACAUCUUCCCCGGUGGCCGUGGGGACUCUGCCCUCUUUGCCGUUAAUGGUUUCAACAUCCUGGUGGACGGUGGCUCUGAUCGCAAGUCCUGCUUCUGGAAGCUGGUACGGCACCUGGACCGCAUUGACUCAGUGCUGCUCACACACAUCGGGGCAGACAAUCUGCCAGGCAUCAAUGGACUCCUGCAGCGCAAAGUGGCAGAACUGGAGGAGGAGCAGUCCCAGGGCUCUAGCAGCUACAGCGACUGGGUGAAGAACCUCAUCUCCCCUGAGCUCGGAGUUGUCUUUUUCAACGUGCCUGAUAAGCUGCGGCUGCCUGAUGCCUCCCGGAAGGCUAAGCGCAGCAUUGAGGAGGCCUGCCUCACGCUGCAGCACCUAAACCGUCUGGGCAUCCAAGCCGAGCCUCUGUACCGUGUGGUCAGCAACACCAUUGAGCCGCUGACCCUCUUCCACAAGAUGGGUGUGGGCCGGCUGGACAUGUACGUCCUCAACCCUGUCAAGGACAGCAAGGAGAUGCAGUUCCUCAUGCAAAAGUGGGCAGGCAAUAGUAAAGCUAAGACAGGCAUUGUGCUGGCUAAUGGGAAGGAGGCUGAGAUCUCGGUGCCCUACCUGACAUCUAUCACUGCUCUGGUGGUCUGGCUACCAGCCAACCCCACUGAGAAGAUUGUGCGUGUGCUUUUUCCAGGGAAUGCUCCCCAGAACAAGAUCUUGGAGGGCCUGGAAAAGCUUCGGCACCUGGACUUCCUGCGCUACCCUGUGGCCACACAGAAGGACCUUGCUGCUGGGGCUGUGCCUGCUAACCUCAAACCUAGCAAAAUCAAACAGCGGGCUGACAGCAAGGAGAGCCUCAAGGCCACAACCAAGACAGCUGUGAGUAAGCUGGCCAAACGGGAGGAGCUGGCUGAAGAGGGAGCCAAGGAGGCCCGCUCAGAACUGGCCAAAGAGUUAGCUAAGACAGAGAAGAAGGUAAAAGAGUCAUCUGAGAAGCCUGCAGAGAAGCCUGCCAAGCCUGAGAGGGUGCGGACAGAGUCGAGUGAGGCAUUGAAGGCAGAGAAGCGAAAGCUGAUCAAAGACAAGGUGGGGAAGAAGCACCUGAAAGAAAAGAUAUCAAAGCUGGAAGAGAAAAAAGACAAAGAGAAAAAAGAGAUCAAGAAGGAGAAGAAGGAGCUCAAGAAAGAUGAAGGAAGGAAGGAGGAGAAGAAGGAUGCCAAGAAGGAGGAGAAGAGGAAAGAUACCAAACUUGAGGUCAAGAAGAUUUCUAAGUCAGACCUGAAGCCCUUUACCCCUGAGGUACGUAAGACACUCUACAAAGCCAAGGCCCCUGGCAGAGUCAAGAUGGACAAGAGCCGGGCUGCCCGUGGGGAGAAGGAGCUGUCCUCUGAGCCCCGGACACCACCAGCCCAGAAGGGAGCUGUACCAGUCCCAACAGUCAGUGAGCACAGGGAGCUGGCCCUGUCUUCACCAGAGGAUCUCACACAGGACUUUGAGGACAUGAAGCGUGAGGAGAGGGAGUUACUAGCUGAACAAAGGGACAUAGGACUAGGAGAGAAACCACUCCCUCCAGACACUAUGGAGGAGGGACUCCCAAGCAUAGCUGCCCAGGGGACGCCACUCUCUGUCCCAGGGCUGGAACAAGAAGAGCCUGUGGUGAAGGAGAAAGAGGCUGUUCCAGACAUCCUUGAGGAACAAGGCAGCAAGGACAGAGGCCCAGACUCUGGGGCAGAAACAGAGGAAGAGAAAGAUACCUGGGAGCAAAAGAAGCAGAGGGAAGCAGAGAGGCUUCCCGAUAGAACAGAAGACAGAGACGAAAGUGAACCUGAGGUAAAGGAGGAUGUGAUAGAGAAGGCUGAGUUAGAAGAAAUGGAGGAGUUACACCCUUCAGAUGAGGAAGAGGAAGAGACAAAGGCUGAGAGUUUUUACCACAAACAUAUGCAGGAAACCUUGAAGGUAACUCCACAGGGCAAGGAGGCUCUUGGAGGCCGGGAUCUGGGACUCCAAGGCAAGGCCCCAGAGAAGGAGACUUCGUCAUUCCUAAGCAGCCUGGCCACACCUGCAGGAGCCACUGAACAUGUCUCUUACAUCCAGGAUGAAACAAUCCCUGGCUACUCAGAGACCGAGCAGACUAUCUCAGAUGAAGAGAUCCAUGAUGAGCCAGAGGACCGCCCAGCUCCACCGAGAUUUCCUACAAGUACAUAUGACCUCCCUGGGCCUGAAGGUCCUAGCCCCUUUGAGGCUAGCCAGCCUCCAGACAGUGCUAUUCCUGCCACCUCCAGCAAAGGCUAUGGAGCACCAGAAACUGAACUUACCUACCCCCCAAACAUGGUGGCCGCUCCUUUGGCUGAAGAAGAGCACGUGUCCUCAGCCACCUCAAUCACUGAGUGUGACAAGCUUUCUUCCUUUGCCACAUCUGUGGCUGAGGACCAAUCUGUGGCUUCACUCACAGCUCCCCAGACAGAGGAGACAGGCAAGAGCUCACUGCUACUUGACACAGUCACAAGCAUCCCCUCCUCCCGCACUGAAGCCACUCAAGGCUUGGACUAUGUGCCAUCAGCUGGUACCAUCUCACCCACCUCCUCACUGGAAGAAGACAAGGGCUUCAAAUCACCACCCUGUGAGGAUUUCUCUGUGACUGGGGAAUUGGAGAAGAAAGGAGAGAUUGCAGGGAAAGGCUUACCUGGAGAGAGAGCCGUGGAAGAGGAAGAGGAGGAGACUGCAAAUGUAGAGAUGUCUGAGAAACUUCACAGUCAAUAUGGAACCCCGAUGUUUGGUGUCCCUGGGCACACCCUACAUCCAGGGGAACCAGCCUUCGGAGAAGUGGAGGAGCGCUGCCUCAGCCCAGAUGACAGCACAGUAAAGAUGGCCUCUCCUCCACCAUCUGGCCCACCCAGUGCCACCCAUACACCCUUUCAUCAGUCUCCAGUGGAAGAAAAGUCUGAGCCCCAAGACUUUCAGGAAGCAGGCUCCUGGGAAGACACUAAGCAUACACCAAGUGUGGGCAGAGAAGAUGCUGCAGAGGAGACAGUCAAGCCAGGGCCUGAAGAGGGCACACUAGGGGAGAAGGCAAAGGUCUCUCCUCCCAGGAGUCCCCUGGCCCAGGAAUCACCCAUCAAUAUUGCUGAGGGACAUAUAGGCUGCACCAUCCAACUGUUGCCAGAACAGGACAAAGCAAUAGUCUUUGAGACUGUGGAGGCAGGAGAAUCCACAGGCCCAAUCCUGGGAUCAGAAGCCCUCCCCAGAGAUUUGAGAACAUCACUCCAAGAACCUGGCGAACCUCAGAAAGAUGAGGUGCUCCAAUUUCCUGACCGAGGCAUCUCCCCUGAAGAUGCAGAGUCUCUCUCUGUCCUCAGCGUGGUCUCCCCAGACAUCGCCAACCAAGAAGCCAUCCCCAAGUCUACCUGUGGCCUGACAGAACCACAGCUACACAAAGACCUUUGGCCAGAAGUAUCUCCAGAAGAUACCCGGUCACUUUCUCUGUCAGAAGAGAGUCCCAGCAAGGAGACCUCUCUGGAUAUCUCUUCUAAGCAGCUGUCUCCAGAAAACCUUGGCACCCUCCAGUUUGGGGAACUAAGCCUUGGAAAGGAAGAAAAGGGGCCUCUGAUGCAGACUGAGGACACCUUUCACCACCUAGCCCCUGCAUCUAUUCCAGAACCCCAUGCAGGCACAGUGUCACCUCCCACAAUGGGGACCACAGGAUACUCUGCACAGGCAGACAUCACAGAUGAGAGCCCUGAAGGAAAAUUACCUGCCAGCUCCUUCUCUCACUAUACACUGUUGGGAGAUGGGAAGCACUCACCUGGAGGGAUGACAAGCCCUGGUGAACACAUUCUAACACCUGAUAGCUCCCUCACCAAGAGUCCCGAGUCUUUGCCAAGCCCUGCCAUGGAGGACAUUGCCAUGGAGUGGGAAGGUAAAGUUCCAGAGUUGAAAGACAGAACACCAGAGCAGGACAAGGGACUUGAGGCAAAGGAUGAAGUCCUACAGCAGAAGGAUGAAACUCUGGAGCAGAAGGAUAUUGUCAUAGAGCAGAAGGAUACAGGCAUUGAUCAGAAGGAUGAGGCUCUGGAAGAAAAGAACAAGGCUGUGGAACAGCAGGAUAAGGCUUUAGAACAAAAACGCAGAGACUUAGAACAAAGGGACACAGCCCUGGAACAGAAGGACAAGGCCCUGGAACCACAAGACAAAGACUUAGAACCAAAAGACAGAGACUUAGAGCCAAAAGACAAAGACUUAGAACCAAAAGACAGAGACUUAGAGCCAAAAGACAAAGACUUAGAACCAAAAGACAGAGACUUAGAGCCAAAAGACAAAGACUUAGAACAAAAAGACAGAGACUUAGAACAAAAAGAUAAGGACCUGGAACAGGAGGACAAGGUUCCAGAAGAGAAAGAUGAAACCUUAGAACAAAAAAUCAGAGAUUUUGAACAUAAAGACAAGGUUCCAGAGGACCAGGUCCCUGAACUGAAGGGCAAACUCCUAGAACAGACAGACAAAGCCCCUGAACAGAAGGACAAGGCCGAGGAACAAAAAGACAUGGACUUAGAACAAAAAGGCAAGGCCCUGGAACAGAAGGACAAGGUCUUGGAAAAGAAGGAUCAGGCCUUAGAACAAAAAUAUUGGGCCUUAGGACAGAAGGAUGAAGCCCUGGAACAAAACAAUAAGUCUGUUAAACAGAAAGAUAAGGUUCUUGAAGAAAAAACUCAGGAGCAGGAGAGCCUAGUACAGGAGGAUAAAACCAUGAAACCAAAGAAGAUCCUAGAGGAAAAACCUCCAGAAAAAGUCGAGGCUGUGGAACAGAAGGAAGAAGCUCUGCCAGAGAAGACUAAAGCUCUGGGACUAGAAGAGAGCCCAGUGCAGGAGGACAAGGCCCAGGAGCAGGAAGAGAAGACCUGGAAGGAGCAGGAUGUGGUCCAGGAGUGGAGAGAAACAUCUCCAACCAGAGAGGAGCCAUUUGGAAAACAGAAAGAGCCUGCCCGGACAUGGGAGGACACAUCUCCUGAGCAGGAGGACAGGUACUGGAGGGGCAGAGAGGAUGUAGCCCUGGAACAGGACACAUACUGGAGGGAGCUGAGCUGUGAGCGGAAGGUUUGGUUCCCUCAUGAGCUAGAUGGCCAGGGGGCCCGGCCACGGUACACAGAAGAGGGGGAGAGCACUUUCCUCGAUGAGGGACCAGAUGAUGAGCGUAAAGUGCCCCCCUUGGAGCACACACCCCAGAGUCCCUGGGCCUCAGACUUCAAGGGUUUCCAGGAGCCCUCCCCACAGAAGGGGCUGGAGGUGGAACGCUGGCUUGCUGAGUCACCAGUUGGGCUGCCACCAGAGGAAGAGGACAAGCUGACCCGCUCCCCUUUUGAGAUUCUUUCUCCGCCAUCCUCUCCACCUGAGAUGGCUAGACAGAGGGUUCCUCCAGCCCCAGGAGAAGAGAGCCCUAUCUCAGAGCCUAAGCCCAUGCUACCUAUGAGGAAUGAACCCACCACCCCCUCCUGGCUGGCUGACAUCCCACCAUGGGUGCCCAAGGACAGGGCCCUGCCCCCUGCACCCCUCUCUCCAGCUCCAGCUCCCCCCACGCCUGCUCCAGAGCCACACACUCCUGUGCCCUUCUCCUGGGGCACAGCUGAGUAUGACAGUGUGGUGGCUGCAGUGCAGGAGGGGGCAGCUGAGUUAGAAGGUGGGCCAUACUCCCCCCUGGGGAAGGACUACCGCAAAGCUGAAGGUGAAAGGGAAGAAGAAGGUGGGGCUGGGGCUCCUGACAGUAGCCCCUGCAGCUCAAAGGUCCCAGAGGCCAGCGAGAGCCAUGGUACCAAGGAACCCGAGCAGACAGAGCCAGAACAGAGAGAGCCCACACCCUAUCCUGAUGAGAGAAGUUUUCAGUACGCAGACAUCUAUGAGCAGAUGAUGCUUACUGGGCUUGGCCCUGCGUGCCCCACUAGGGAGCCUCCACUUGGAGCAGCUGGGGAUUGGCCCCCACGCAUCUCAACCAAGGAGGAGGCUGCUGGCCGAAACACAUCUGCAGAGAAGGAGCUUUCAUCUCCUGUCUCACCCAAGACUCUCCAAUUCGACACUCCAACCUUCAGCUAUGCAGCCCUGGCGGGACCCACUGUACCUGCCAGGCAGGAGCCUGAGCCAAGGCCAAGUGUGGAGCCCAGCCUCAUCCCACCUGCAGUACCCCCCCGUGUUCCUAUCCCCUUGAGCAAAGGCCCAAGCCCCCCUCUUAAUGGCAACAUCCUGAGCUGUAGCCCAGAUAGGAGAACUCCAUCCCCUAAGGAAUCAGGCCGAGGUCACUGGGAUGACAGUACUAGUGACUCAGAGCUGGAGAAGGGGGCUCGGGAACAGCCAGAGAAAGAGACCCAGUCCCCAAGUCCUCCUCACCCCAUCACUGCGGGGCCUCCCACAUUGUGGCCUGAAAGUGAGGCACAUACUAGCCCUUCCUCCGACUCACAAUUGGGUCCUGCCCGACCCAGCCUGGACUUCCCUGCUUCAGCCUUUGGCUUCUCUUCAUUGCAGCCAGCUCCUCCACAGCUGCCCUCUCCAGCUGAACCGCGCUCGGCACCCUGUGGCUCCCUUGCCUUCUCUGGGGACCGAGCUCUUGCUCUGGCUCCAGGGCCCCCCACCAGAGCCCGGCAUGAUGAGUACCUAGAAGUGACCAAGGCCCCCAGCCUGGACUCCUCACUGCCCCAGCUCCCAUCACCUGGCUCUCCUGGGGCCCCUCUCCUCUCCAAUCUUCCACGACCUGCCUCACCAGUCCUGUCUGAAGGCUCCUCCUCUGAGGCCACCACACCUGUGAUUUCAAGUGUGGCUGAGCGCUUUCCUCCUGGCCUGGAGGCUGCGGAACAGGGAUCUGUAGAGCUGGUCCCAGGAAUAGAACCAGCUGCCCACAGCCUCUGGGACCUCACUCCUCUGAGCCUUGCACCUCCAGCUUCACUGGACUUGGCUCCAGCUCCAGCUCCAAGCCUGCCUGGAGACAUGGAUGAUGGCACCCUGCCCUGCCGCCUGGAGUGCUCAGGGGCAACCACCAAGAAGCCAAGCUCCUUCCAGGGUCCCUCUGGGGAUUGUGCCACCAAUGGCCCAACUGAAACCAGCCCCAACCCCCCAGGCCCUGCCCUAACCAAGGCUGAGAAAGAAGAGGCCGAGGUCUGCCCUGCCUGGGAACGUGGGGCCUGGCCUGAGGGAGCUGACAGGAGCUCCCAGCCUGACACGCAACUUUCCUCUGAGCAGCCCCUGUGCCCUGGAGGGGCCUCUGGAGGCCAACCUAGAAGUACCUCCCCUGAGACUGAGGCUGGGCCCCAAGGAUGUGCUGCUGAGCCCCGGCCCCACCGCGGGGAGCUCUCCCCAUCCUUCUUGAACCCACCUCUGCCCCACUCCACUGAUGACAGUGACCGCUCAACUGAGGAAGCUCGGCUGGUAGGGAGAGGGGGACGGCGCCGGAUGGGGGGCCCAGGGGCCACGGGGGGCCCAUGCCCUGUGGCAGAUGAGACACCCCCAACGUCAGCCAGUGACUCAGGCUCCUCACAGUCAGAUUCUGACGUUCCACCAGAAACUGAGGAGUGUCCAUCUAUCACAGCUGAGGCAGCCCUUGACUCAGAUGAAGAUGGGGACUUCCUGCCUGUGGACAAAGCUGGGGGGAUCAGUGGAACUCACCAUCCCAGGCCUGGCCAUGACCCACCCCCUAUCCCCCAGCCAGACCCCCACCCAUCCCCUCCCCGCCCUGAUGUGUGCAUGGCUGACCCCGAGGGGCUCAGUUCAGAGUCUGGAAGGGUAGAGAGGCUACGAGAAAAGGAGAAGGCACAGGGGAGAGUAGGGCGCAGGGCCCCAGGCAGGGCCAAACCAGCGUCUCCUGCACGGCGUCUGGAUCUUCGGGGAAAACGCUCACCUACCCCUGGUAAAGGGCCUGCAGAUCGAGCAUCCCGGGUUCCACCCCGACCACGCAGCACUCCAAGCCAGGUUACCCCAGCAGAGGAAAAGGAUGGACACAGCCCCAUGUCCAAAGGCCUAGUCAAUGGACUCAAGGCAGGACCAACGGCCUUGGGUUCCAAAGGUGGCUCUGGCCUCCCUGUAUAUGUGGAUCUCGCCUAUAUCCCGAAUCAUUGCAGUGGCAAGACUGCUGAUCUUGACUUCUUCCGUCGAGUGCGUGCAUCCUACUAUGUGGUCAGUGGCAAUGACCCUACCAAUGGCGAGCCGAGUCGGGCUGUGCUGGAUGCCCUGCUGGAGGGCAAGGCCCAGUGGGGGGAGAAUCUUCAGGUGACUUUGAUCCCUACUCAUGACACAGAGGUGACUCGUGAGUGGUACCAGCAGACUCAUGAGCAGCAGCAACAACUGAAUGUCCUGGUCCUGGCUAGCAGCAGCACCGUGGUCAUGCAGGAUGAGUCCUUCCCAGCCUGCAAGAUUGAGUUCUGAAAGAACCACUCUCCCUUCCCCAAGGAUCUGCUCCCCCAGCUCCCUUAGAGAAUGGCUACUGCUGAGUCCUUUGGGGUCGAGGGACAUGGGAACUGAGGGGAUGGGGGACAGGAUGUUUUGUGGGGACUUGGGAUGGACUAAAUGAGAGGGGUUGUCCCUCCCUCUCAUCCCUAUCCUAGAGGAGUCUCAAAACCAAAGGUAACAGGGAUAGGAUAGGGGGAAAGUACAAAAUUAGGAUAGGAGGUCAUCUGAUGCCUAAGGACCCUGAAGUGACACCCUCUCCUAGCACUGCCAAGUGCUGGUAUUGGGUGGGGAGUGAGGAUGGGUGUCAGAGAGCAACCUCCUCCCUCAUGGAGGGAGAUCAUAUCCCCAACCCCAGGGAUCUCUUUCUCUCUAUUUAUUUAGCAUCCCAAGGAAGGAUUCCAAUUGUAAUUUAUGUGACCUGGGGGCAGGAUACUGUCAGUGAGGUGCCCAGAGCUGCACCCUUUCUUCCAUCUCCCAUCCCCUUACCCACCAGGGUCUAGGUUCCCGCAGGGGUCUAGGGGUACACCGCUGCUACACUGUCCCACUGCUUCCCUCUGUAUCUGAAUGUCUCAAUCCAAAACUUGAAGCUGUUUUGACCCACGGACUGGUGAGAGAAGAAAGGAGCUUAUCCUCCCAGCCCUUGCUUCAUACCAUUCACAUCCCAGAGCUGUGCCCAAACCAGGCCUACUGGGCAGCACAAGGGGCAAAAAGAGCCCAGCCCCAAUCACACAAUUCUUCCAAGUUCCCUGACCUUAUGAAGUUUUCACCCACCCAGUCCCAUUAUCCUGAUCCCUUCUCAUCCCCUGCUUGGCUUCUCUGCAUGUGGUCAUCUGCUGUGGCCUGGUGUGUAAUGGGUUAAGAAUAAGCCACUGCCUGACAUCCCAACAUGUGACACCCCAGCAAUGUGUGACUCCCCCAACAUUCCACUAUGCCAUCCUGCAGCUAAAAUGGGAAUACUGGCUGCCUUUCCAGCCUCAAACUCUUGGACAGAGGAUCUGGGAGAUGGAGGCCAUGCCAGAGGACUUGGGGAAAAUGAGAGGGAGGAAGGAAAGAGGGAGAGGAAGCUGAGCUAAAGCCUAACUCCUACUGAGUGAGAUGAAAACAGGCCAACAAUACCACCCCAGGAGAGGACCUCGCCCCAAGCAAGCCAAUGAGCAGCCCUGCUAGACUACUGCCGGACUGAGAUCCAGACGCUCGUCAGGGCUCGGCUUCUCUGCCAAAUGACUGUGUGGAAACCAAAAUGAGCCGGCCUGUGUUCUUCCUAGUUCCCACCCUCCCUGUGCUGCUGUGCUCUGCUCCUCCCCACACUUCCCUGCUAUAGUUCCCAGCUGCUGUAACAGAGCCUCCAACUCUAACAAUAAAUGAAGUUCAUUACAGA